AUGGACCAAAUCCCAGGAGCACUACCAGUGCUGAAAGGUUUGGACUCAAAGAAGUAUACUCAGUUGCCAUACAAGCCAAGCACGGCACCAAAAUUAGUCCCGAAGCGGUUUAAAAUGCCUAGUGUGCCAAAGUAUGACGGAACUUCAGACCCUCAGGAGCAUAUUACCACCUAUACAACAUCAGUGAAGGGGAAUGAUUUAGCUCCUUACGAGAUUGAAUCUAUUUUGCUGAAGAAAUUUGGAGAGACUCUCAUGAGGGGAGCCUUGACACGGCUCACGUCGGGGCCAGAAAAGUGCAGGCCCGAAAGGCCGACAUAUUCAGAAUUGCACAAGGAGAAUCUGAGUAACUGUGAGAGUUCGUUACCUGGUCCCAAAAGGAGAGAAUAUUUAUCUCGGUUGUUUCGGAUAAAUGGGCGACUGAAGCAUUUACCUAGGGUCGGAAUCCGAGAAGUUCAGACGCUUCUCGAAAACAGAAGACGGUCUUCAAGGGGAUGGUUUUUGCCCUAUGAACGGACCGAAGGCCGCGACAGAGGCUUCUGGUCAGCAGACAGGAUCGCCACCAACAGAAAAACUGAUCGCGGUCGGAAAAAUAGAUCAUUGCAGGACAAAAACGCAUCAGGUACGAGGGAUCCUUCCUACCCUAGGUUGUCAGAAUACAAUUACAACGUUAGUGUAGUAGAGUUGGUGUCAGCCAUGAGAAACAUCAAAGAAGCACGACUCCCGAAGUUGAUGAGAUCUGAUCCCAGUCAUAGGGAUCCCAAAUUGUUGUGUGAAUACCACAAGACAAAUGGCCAUCGGACUAGGAACUGCCGACAUGUUCGGGAAGAAAUGGCGACACUAUUGAAAAAUGGGCACCUCAGAGAAUUCUUAGGUGAUCGGGCCAAGAACAACUAUGGUUGUAACUGGGAUAACGCGGAACCCUCGAAAGCAGGAGAAGAUCCUCUGCGCCAGACAAUCAACCUGAUCUUCGGGGGUAUGAAAUCAACGGGGUCACUUUCUCGGCAGCAAAAAAGAUGGAAGUAUCGAUAG